CAAUCCCAUCCUUUUCUUUAUCCUUCAUUUGUUCUUCGAUUUCUGUGUGAAGCAAGCAUCCAUACCCACUCACACACACCACUCUCACCAUUUUUUGGCCCAUGGGCAAAAAUCAAGACCCCCCUCAAAAAGGGGGGAUAAAUUAUCUGUUUUUCAUUUUAUUUCACUGGUGAAUUCAUAAAAAGAAACAAAAAAACCUCUGCUUGCCUUCUAAUCUUCCUUCAUUUCUAUUGAAGCCCAGGUUUCUUGCUGCUUUUUGAGUAGACUUCGUAUCUGGGCUUUUGAAUUUAUGUCUUGAGUGUUGUUGUGUAGCCUCAAGGCUCUGAAUUUUUCCCUUUUUUUUGGGGUGGGAGUGGGAGGUGGGAUAAUUGGAAAUCUUGGAAUGGAGAUGGGACAGGAGGUAGUGGUGGCGGCCGUGGGCACAGGGGCGAAGCCGGGGAGGAUGGGGGCUCCGCCGCCAACUUCCUUGGCACCGGGGUUCAGGUUUCAUCCGACGGAUGAGGAGUUGGUGAGGUACUAUUUGAGGAGGAUAGUUUGUGGGAAGCCGUUCCGGUUUCAAGCAGUUACAGAAAUUGAUGUGUAUAAAUCUGAGCCUUGGGAGCUUGCUGUAGAUUAUUCAUCGCUGAAGACGAGAGAUCUAGAGUGGUACUUUUUCAGCCCCGUGGAUAGGAAGUACGGCAAUGGGUCUCGGCUGAAUCGUGCCACUGGCAAAGGGUACUGGAAAGCCACUGGGAAGGAUCGAUCUGUACGUCAUAAGAACCAAACCAUAGGAAUGAAGAAAACACUUGUUUUCCACAGCGGGCGAGCUCCUGAUGGAAAGAAAACUAACUGGGUAAUGCAUGAGUAUAGGCUUUGUGAUUCAGAAUUGGAAAGGGCUGGCGUUUCACAGGAUGCCUUUGUGCUUUGUAGAAUCUUCCAAAAAAGUGGUCUGGGACCACCCAAUGGGGACCGAUAUGCCCCUUUCGUUGAAGAGGAAUGGGAUGAAGAUGCAGCACUGGUGAUUCCUGGAGGAGAUGCCGAGGAUGAUGUUGCCAAUGGUGAUGAAGCACGAGGGGAUUGUAAUGAACUUGACCAGGACACUAGCCCUCUUAGCAUUGCUCCUCCCCAGGUUGAGAAUCCAAUUGAGUUCCCAAGUCUUCCUUUCAUGUGCAAGAGGGAGAGAUCGAGCGAACCUGAACCCCUCUCAUUAGCUCAAAACAGCAAAAGAUCAAAGCAUGAUGAUCCAAACUCCAGCCAUGCAAAUGGGUCUGAAGAUUCAACCACAACUAGUCAGGAUCCAACUACAAUGAUGAUGACGAAAAAUAUUUCUGCACUUUUAGAAUUUCCCUUACUACAACCUGUUGGGUCGAAGGAAAACCAUCCUGCCAACCCGCCUACGUUUGACUCCUCCAACCUUGAGAAAUCUGUGCCUCCUGGGUACUUAAAAUUUAUCAGCAAUCUUGAGAAUGAGAUCCUGAACGUCUCCAUGGAGAAGGAGACGCUCAAGAUUGAAGUGAUGAGGGCACAAGCAAUGAUAAACAUUCUUCAAUCACGCAUCGACAUCUUGGCCAAAGAAAACGAGGAGUUCAGAAGACAAGCCUAGGAGCGCAAUAUCCUCUACCGCUGCUGUGUAUUCUAGUUUUGUAGUUGCAGAAACCAUCUCUGUUGGCCAUUUUCUUUGAUUGCAAAUACUUUUGUCUUUCUUAACAGGGACGACGAGUUCUUGGCCUUGAAGAGAUUUAGCUGUUUGCGGCAUCCAUUUAACCUAUCUUUAGUUUAGUUUAAUCUGAACGAUCAAUCUGUCGACUAUGUCUUUUCUCAUUCGAAUCAAAUUGACUUCUGAGUAUUGGAGUGAUGCUCCUAUGCUUGAAUUUUACCUGUAAUGGCAACUCGUCAGGGAGGGGGUAGUUUCGGGAUUAUAUGUCAUUUAUGUUUAUGUCGUGUAUCAAGUCCCUUGGGCAAAAUUGUACUUUUGGUCCUACAUGAUAGAUGGUGUUGUAUUUUUUAUUUUACAGUUUACGAAUUUAAUACAUUUGGUCCUAUAGGAUGAAAGUUGUGUAAUUUUAGCCCCGUAAAAUAAAAAUUGGUCCUAGCUAGCUGCACGAUUUAA